UGCGCGGGCGCCGCCUUCGCUCGCCCAUCUCUGCGGCUCGCCUCAGCUCUCCUCAGCUCUCCUCAGCCGGCCGGGCCUCACCCCGCGAUGGACCUGAGCGAGGAGCCGGUGGCCGGCGCCCCCGACGGCAAGGUGGAGGAGGAGGCGCCGGCGUACGGCGCCGCGCUGGAGGCGUUCAGCGAGAGCGCCGAGGCCCGCGCGCUGCUCGGCGGGCUGCGGGAGGCGCACGGCGAGCGCGCGGCGCGGGAGGCGGCGGAGGAGCGGUUCCGCGUGAUAAUGAACAAAUACCAGGAGCAGCCUCACCUGUUGGACCCACACCUUGAAUGGAUGAUGAACUUGCUGUUGGACAUAGUGCAAGAUAAGACAUCUCCAGCUGCCCUGGUACACCUGGCUUUUAAAUUUCUUUACAUCAUCACCAAGGUUCGAGGAUAUAAAAUAUUUCUUCGUUUAUUUCCUCAUGAGGUAGCUAAUGUAGAGCCUGUUCUGGACAUGUUCACCCAUCAGGACCCUAAAGACCACGAGACCUGGGAGACGCGUUACAUGCUCUUACUGUGGCUCUCCAUGACCUGCCUGAUCCCUUUUGAUCUCUCACGUCUUGAUGGGAACCUCCUUUCCCAGACGGAGCCGGCGCGGGUACCCAUCAUGGACCGCAUUCUCCACAUUGCAGAGUCCUACCUGGUGGUGAGUGACAAGGCCCGAGAUGCAGCUGCUGUCCUUGUGUCCAAGUUCAUCACGCGCCCUGAUGUCAAGCAGAAGAAGAUGGCCAGUUUUCUGGACUGGAGCCUGUGUACCCUGACCAGCUCCUCUUUCCACACCAUUGAUGGAGUCAUUGCCAUGGACGGGACGCUGCAGGCCCUGGCACAAAUAUUUAAACAUGGAAAACGUGAAGACUGUUUACCUUACGCUGCUACUGUGCUUGCAUGCCUGGACAGCUGCAGACUCCCUGAGAGCAACCAGACCCUGCUGCGGAAACUGGGCGUGAAGCUUGUGCAGCGGCUGGGGCUGACCUUCCUGAAACCAAAGGUGGCAGCGUGGAGGUAUCAGCGUGGCAGCCGGUCUUUGGCUGCCAAUCUGCAGCUUCGCACCGAGGGUCAGCAUGAGGAGAAACCACAGGUGGUGACAUCUGACAGUGAUGAAGACUAUGAUAUCCCAGAGGGGGUGGAGAGCGUGAUAGAGCAGCUGCUGGGCGGGCUGAAGGACAAAGACACGAUUGUGCGGUGGUCUGCGGCUAAAGGGAUCGGUCGGAUGGCUGGAAGGCUUCCCAGAGAGCUGGCAGAUGAUGUGGUUGGGUCUGUGCUGGAUUGUUUCAGUUUUCAGGAGACAGACAAGGCGUGGCACGGCGGGUGUCUGGCACUGGCAGAACUGGGCAGGCGAGGCCUCUUGCUCCCGUCGCGACUCACAGAGGUUGUCGACGUGAUCCUGAAGGCGCUGACCUAUGACGAGAAGCGGGGUGCCAGCAGCGUGGGUGCCAACGUCAGGGACGCUGCCUGCUACGUGUGCUGGGCCUUUGCCCGUGCCUAUGAGCCCCAGGAACUGAAGCCUUUUGUGAGCGCCAUUUCCAGCGCCCUGGUCAUCGCCGCAGUGUUUGACCGAAACAUAAACUGCAGAAGAGCCGCCUCCGCCGCCUUCCAGGAGAAUGUGGGGAGACAGGGUACUUUUCCUCAUGGAAUUGAUAUUCUGACCACCGCUGACUAUUUUGCAGUUGGUAAAAUAUCUAACUGUUUCCUGGUUAUAAGCGUGUAUAUUGCUGGCUUUGCUGAGUACACCGAGCCCAUGAUAGAGCACCUGGUCGCCAUGAAGGUCAACCACUGGGACGGGGUCAUCAGAGAGCUGUCAGCGAAGGCACUGCACAACCUGGCCCCACGAGCACCCGAGUACUGCGCCACUCACGUUCUCCCCCAGCUGCUGUCCAUGACGCUGAGCCCGGAUCUGCACAGCCGGCAUGGGGCGAUCCUUGCCUGUGCGGAGCUUACCCACGCGUUGUACAAGCUCGCGGUGCAGCAGGGCAGGCCGCUCACGGACUACCUGGAUGAGAAGGCUGUGCAGGGCCUGAAGCAGAUUCACCAGCAGCUUCACGAGCGUCAGUUGUACAGGGGCCUGGGAGGAGAGCUCAUGAGACAAGCAGUGUGCAUUUUAAUAGAAAAGUUGUCACUUUCCAGAAUGCCCUUCAAAGGGGACGCCGUCAUUGGUGGCUGGCGGUGGCUGAUAGACGACACGUUCAGGAGCCUGUAUCUCAUCUCAAGUCAUUCCAGACAGCAGAUCAAGGAGGCAGCCGUGUUGGCCCUGGCCGCGCUCAGCCGCCAGUACUACAUGGAGGAGCCGGGGAAGGCAGAUCCUGCGGUUCAGGAGGAGCUGAUCGGGCAGUAUCUGGCUGAGCUCCGGAGCCCCGAGGAGAUGACACGCUGCGGCUUCUCGCUCGCCCUGGGCGCCCUUCCAGACUUCCUUCUGAGAGGCAAGCUGCAGCAGGUUCUUGCAGGCUUGAGAGCUGUUACCCAGACUUCUCCCGGGGACGUGAGCUUUGCUGAGUCCAGGAGAGACGGCUUGAAGGCGAUCUCCAGCGUUUGCCAGACAGUGGGUGUGAGAGCAGAGGGCGCCCCGGACGAAGCUCUGUGCAGAGAGAACGUGUCCCAGGUGUACUGUGCGCUGCUGGGCUGUAUGAACGAUUACACCACGGACAGCAGGGGCGACAUGGGAGCCUGGGUCCGUGAGGCCGCCAUGACCAGCCUGAUGGACCUGACGCUUCUGCUGGCCCAGAGCUGCCCCGAGCUGAUUGAAGCCCACGUCUGUGAGCGGAUCAUGUGCUGUGUGGCCCAGCAGGCGAGCGAGAAGAUUGACAGGUUCCGUGCUCACGCUGCCCGCGUGUUCCUGACGCUCCUGCACUUUGACAGCCCUCCCAUCCCCCACGUGCCUCACCGAGGAGACCUGGAAAGGCUGUUUCCCAGGUCUGACAUGGCCUCUGUGAACUGGAACGCACCCUCCCAGGCCUUCCCUCUCAUCACCCAGCUGCUGGGGCUGCCUGCCUACCGCUACCACGUCCUGCUGGGCCUGGCUGUGUCUGUGGGUGGCCUGACAGCGUCCACGGUCAGGCAGUCUACGCACAGCCUCUUGGAGUACAUGAAGGGGAUCCAGAGUGACCCACAGGCCCUGGGCAGCUUCAGCGAGACCCUCCUGCAGGUCUUUGAGGACCACCUUCUGAAUGACAGGGUGUCCGUGCCGCUGCUGAAGAUGCUCGACCAGAUGCUGGCCAACGGGUGCUUUGAGGUCUUCACCGCAGAGGAGAACCACCCCUUCUGUGUGCGGCUGCUCGCGCUCUGUAAGAAAGAGACCAGCAAGUCCAGAGACGUCCAGAAGCUCCACUCAGUCACGGCUGUGUUCUGUGGGAUGGUGCAGUUCCGUGGUGACGUGAGGAAGAAGGUGUUCCUGCAGCUGCUGCUCCUGCUGUGCCACCCGUUCCCUGUGAUCCGCAAGACCACAGCGAGCCAGGUGUACGAAACGGUGCUCACCUACAGCGACGUGGUAGAUGUGGACGUCCUGGAAGAGGUCAUGGCGGUGCUCAGCGACACGGCGUGGGAGGCAGAGCUCCCAGUCGUGAGAGGACAGCGGAAUCGCCUGUGUGACCUCCUCAGCGUGCCCAGACCACAGCUGGUCUCCAAGCCUGGGGCCUGCUGACACUGGUCCGGGAGCCGAGCCCUCCAGCUGCCUGGUGGAGGAUUUCCUGUCCCCAGUGGAGGAGUGCACGCUGGCAGUCAACACGAAGCCCUGCAGUGACCGUGCCUCGAGGUUCCCAGCAGAGGGCGCUGUGCUUCGAGGAUCUGGGUGUUGAUGCUUCUGCUUUACUUACACACAAACACGCUUCCUAUAAAAUCAUGUACCAAGCA